AUGCAAUGUCACCAGUUAGCACUUGAAGCCGGCAUUGCCAUAAUCCGAAGUGUUCAAAAACCAAAGGAAACCUUGCCAUACAGGAUUUCCACGCAAAACCAAGAGAUGUUUGAAAAAGACAUGAACGCACUUAGAGCAAUCGUAAGUACCAUAAUAUUGUGUGGCAAACAGAACAUCCCUCUUAGAGGCCAUCGAGAUGACAGCACAGGCACGGCAUCCAACAAAGGCAACUUUCAUGCCAUUCUUAUGCUAUUGGGCAACUCUGAUAAAAAUCUUCAAGAACACUUACUUACUGGUAGGAGAAAUGCUACAAGCACCUCAAAAACUGUACAAGAGGAAGUCAUUCGCAUCACUGGAGGGUAUAUUCGGGCGAAAUUAACACAGCCGAUUCAGAAGGAAGACGCUUUUUUCUCAAUCAUUGGCGAUGAGGUAACAGAUAAAUACGCGAACCAAGAAAUAUUAAGUAUUUGCCUUAGGUUUUUAGAUCUUAACAACGACGUUUCACUUAAGUUCAAAGAAGUAUUUUUUGACUAUGUCAACCUUGACAAAACAACUGGUGAGAGCAUAGCAAACGCUAUUUUGUCAAGUUUGGCCGAGAACAACAUCGAUGUGGCGUUUGCAAGAGGACAGGCCUAUGAUGGUUCCAGUGCCAUGUCCUCAGAAGCAUGUGGUGUGCGAGGAAGAAUAAGGAGAAUAGCACCGAUGACACUGUACACUCAUUGCAACAGUCACGUUUUGAAUCUCAGUGUUACAGCCGCAUGCAGGUUAACUUCAGUCAGAAACAUGAUUGGAACCUUAAAUUAAACUUUCAUUUUCUUUCAUUUUUCACCUAAAAGACAGCGAUUUCUAGGACAAGUUUUAGAGAAGUGUGGUUCUACUUCCAGAAAGGAGAAGUUAAGAGGCUUAUGCAAAACCCGAUGGGUGGAAAGGCAUGAAUGUUACGAGACUUUCUACGAACUUUACGAGUACGUUUGCAUAAGCUUGGAAGCGAUAGCUGAUGAUGAGUCGCAUCCUCAUGUUUAUUCCUCGUUAUCGUUCACGUGGGACAGGGAGACUAAAACCAAGGCACAAGGUCUUCUGGCAAAUUUGAAGACAUUCGGAUUCAUUUCCACCUUUUUUAUCACAAAGAAUAGCCUUGGAACACUCAAACCUAUUGCAGCUAAGCUUCAGAAGAAAGACCAAGAUGUCUUCCAAGCGUAUUCUAUGAUUGACGACACUAUUAAAGCAGUUGCCAGGGUGAGGUCAAACAUAGAAGAGGAAUGUCAUGAAUGGUUUGAAGACGCAUCUAGACUGGCUGACAAGUCUCAGUGCCAAGAAUCACUGGGAGGCAGGAACAUAGGAACAAUGCACCUAGCGUAA